AUGAUGGUGACAGAGACUUCACCUCUGGUAUCCUCCAGCCUGAUGGACCACACCAAUGCUACCACCAGUCCAGCGAACCAUACAGAGACCCCCUUUGAUCCUUUCUGCACUGGCAUGCUGGAGGGGACGCUGGUCUGGGCCGUCAUCAGCGUUCCCUGCUCCUUAGUUGGGGUGAUCGCCAGCGCCUGGGUCCUCAGUCUGUUGCUCCACGAUCUACGUGACAUCUACAUGAUCAACCUGACUGCCAUGGACCUGAUCUUCAACGUGUCUGUGCUGCCGGCCGCGCUAUGCUUCUUCCUGUGGCGAAAUGAGGUCUUCCUAAAGAUAAAUGACUUCAUCUACUGCCUCAGCGUGAGUGGACGACCUCUGUUCAUGGUGUGCAUCUGUGUGGACUGCUUCAUGGCUGUGCUUCACCCCAUAACCUACAGGAACCUCACACGUUCCAGGUACAGGCAGGUGGUGUGCAUGCCAGUGUGGGGGUUCACGUUGGUCUAUGGCCUCAUGUUCAUCUUUAAUCCACAGCUCUUCAUCACACCCUAUAUGAUCGUACCAUAUAUUCUAUCUCUUCCGGCCAUCACCUUCUGCAAUCUGUCCAUCCUCCAUGCCCUGAGGAAGCAGGAUCCUUCUGGCAAGACCGAUGUCCACCCACAGAAGCAGAGGGCCCUGCACACCAUCACCAACAGUUUCGUCAUGGCGGUGGUGUCCUAUCUGCCUCCACUGGUGGUUAAUGUGCUCAUGCCAGUUUUGCCUCUGACUGAACAACAGAGCUAUUGCCAGGUGGGCACCCCGUUCCUUGUAGGCACCACUCUGGGCGGCACCAUCCAGCCCCUUCUCUACCUGAGCCAUCGGGGGCACCUGAAGAACCUGUGGGGCAGGUGUGGAGGAGCUCCAGCCUCCUCUUAG